AUGGCGAGCAAGAAGGCCAAUGUAGAGCUUACAAACGCCGAGCGCGUCCGCAACAACCAGCGGCGCUCUCGCGCUCGACGGAAAGAGUACACCACGGAGCUUGAAGCGAAAAUUCAGCAGUAUGAAAGCGGUUACGAUCAAAAUCCCAUCAAAUCAAGGAUUGAAGAACUUGCAAAAGAGCUCGAUACGCUCAAAAAGCUGUUGAACGCUCUAGGCCUGGAUGACAAGUUCCUCGAAGCUCAUGGCAGGGCUGCACGACUUGCUUCAACAUGGGCACAAGAUAAGCAGAGCCCCGAAGAGACGAACGACACGCCUUUGUCGUUGCCACAACCCACAUCUCAGUUCACCAAUGGACUACAAGCACAUCCGGAUCCCAUCUUACAAAGUAUCAACGUCGGAGCUCAGCACCCAAUACCACGACGUUCCUUGGAACGCUUGAACCCAUUGGACUCAACUCUACUUUGCGAUCUCUUCGCCUUGCCAACGGACCCCACCUCCAUAUCAGACAGUCUUGAAACACCAAAUCUCUUCGGCCAGCCGCAUGCCCAUUCUGCCAUGGAUUUAAGCACUAGCACCACUCCACUGGGGCUCGAGUCAUCCACAACAACUCUCUGUACAAUAGCCUUCUCACGCAUCCUGGAAAGCAACCGCAAAGGUUUUAGCGCCACAGACCUGGAUCUCAAAUUACGGGUCGGAUACAGAUUCAGUGCCACACCCCUAGAAGGCUGUCGAGUGGACAAUCACAUCCUGUUGGAUGUUCUUGCCGAGAUAUUGUAG